UGUGAGGAGCUGCCCCGGCCCUUCCACCAGCAGGUGCUGGUGCCCGGAGGCCACCAAAUCUCACUGCUGUAUGAGUUCCUGGUGCCCUGCCUGUGCAUUGAGGCCUCCUACUCCCACCACGACAGCCCACGGAGCAAACACUGCCCCUUCCGUGACCGGCCAGAUGCCUAUGGCCCCGAGCUGUGGUCCUCGGUGCACUUCCACGACUUCAGCACCAGCAGCAAGGACCAGAUGGCAAUGCUGCUGAGUGCCAGCUGCCCCCUGCACCCACGGGCCACCCUCUGCUGGAGGGAGGCAGCAGAUGAGGCUGCACCCUGUCACGACAUCCCCAAUUCCACAGCCAGUGAGGAUGAGCAGAUGUACGUACUGGACAAGGUGGAUGUGCACCCCCAGCUCUGCUUCCGAUUCUCCUACAGGAAUAGCAGCCAUGUGGAGUGUCCCCACCAGUCAGAGACUGCCUGGAAUGUCUCAGUGAGUGUCUGGGGGCUCCAGCUGCACCUGCACCUCACCUCCCGCAUCCCUGCAGCCUUCAGUGCAGCCCUGUGCCAGCGCCGGGGUGGGCAGUGUGAACCCGAGGCCCCGCUCUACACUGUCACACAGCCAGAGGGCUCUGCUCCAGGGGAGUUGGCGCUGCUGCUGCCAGUGCAGGUCCUGGGCAGCUGCGUGCUGGUGUGGCGCUCAGACGUGCAUUUUGCUCGGAAGCAGCUGCUCUGUCCCGAUGUCUCCCGCAGGCACUUCGGGCUGCUGGGGCUGGUGCUGGCACUGGGACUGGUGGUGACUGUGCUGCUCCUCAACUGCCGUGGUGCCUGGAGGCCAAAUGAUGGUGUCCCUGGCAGGCGCCCCGUGCUGCUGCUGUACUCGCCCGACUCCGAGGAGCACCUGGGGCUGGUGUGUGCCCUGGCCGAGCGGCUGCGCACCGGGCUGGGCUGUGACGUGCGUCUGGACCUGUGGGAAGCGGGUGGCCUGGGCCAGGCGGGCGCCCUGCCCUGGCUCUACGCCCAGCGGGGCCGCGUGGGCCGCCAGCGCGGCACUGUCCUGCUCCUCUGGAGCCGGGGCAGCGCCCGGCUCUUCCAUCGCUGGCAGGUCGGGAUGGCCGACGGCACGCCCGGGGAUGCCCACGACAUUUUUGGGGCAGCUAUGGCCUGCCUGCACGGGGAGCUGGGGGCGGCGGGCCGUGGCAGCGGGUGGGUCCUGGCCUACUUCAGCCGGCUCUGCAGCCCCCGCGAUGUCCCCCGACCCCUUCGGCCCCUGCCCACCUACCGCCUGCCCCGACAGCUGCCCGGGCUGCUGGGGGCGCUGCGGGGCAGCCCCCCGGCCCCUCGGCACUGCCGCUGGGGCAGGGCUGGGGCCCUCCUGCACCGCCUGCUGGACGUGGGGGCCAGGGAGGGCAGUUCCCCGCCCCGGCCCCCCGGGGCAGCUUCUGGCACCUGAGUGCCCAGGCUGGGCCUGAGCUGGGCAUGGCCGCAGGGGGUGCAGGGCUGGGUGCAGCCCCCCGGUGAGGGCACAGCUUCUGCCAGGAAGAGGCAGGGCUCAGGAGAGCAUGUGCCCACUGCAGCGGCAGGAGGGGCACCCAUGGGUGCCCCGGGAGGGGCUGCGAGGGUCCGAGCAGGACUGGCCUCAGUCAUGGAGUGUGCUGCUGGGGCUGGAGUGAGCAUCCAGCUGUCAUCUGUGGCCAGGAGCAGAGAUGCUGUCCCAAGCAGGGGCAGCUUUAUUCCCAUACAGGGACCUGCUCCAGAGGAGAGCCCGUAGAAGCCCCUUUGGACGGCACAGCCGAGGAAUUGGGGUGGUGCAGGAAGAAGCUGAGAGAUGGGGAGGCUCCCUGCCCUGCCCACGGACAGGUGGCUGGAGGGGCGGGUGCUGGGCACGGCCCGGCCCUGCUCUUUGCCUCGACAUCGCCAGCAGGACUUGGUCUGGAUUGGAAGCAAUAAAGGCGUCAUUUCACCCUGC